CAUUUCCAAUUACAGCAACUUAUUUCUGAUGCUUGUAAUUGCUGAAGUCAUAAUGUAAUUUUUAAAAUGAAAAUUAGUUCAAUUCAUUAGAUCGACCUUGAAAUUUAUAAAUGUCAACAUUUCUCUUCUUAGAUUUGAGAGACAGCUUUUUUUGUUCAACAAAGCAGGUGUCAAUGCCGUUUGUUAUAUCGUUGUGAAUAAAAAACUUGAGUUUUCAGUGUUCGAGAUAUGAUUGAUUGACAAUCUUUGAUUACAAUAUUUCCCCUUAUUCACCACAUGUUAAAACAUCAUCGUUUUUUAAAGCUAUUUUAAUAGUUCAAGGAUUGUUUCGUCUCAAUUUUUUUGCAGUUACAAGAACAUGGAAUCAAAGAAAGAAAUUCAUCUGGUUCGAGAAGCAGCUAAAGAGGAUUGCCACCAGAUUAUCGAAUUAACAAAAAUUUUAGCGCGAUCUCAAAAUAUGGAGGAUGCAGUGAAAAUAGAUGCUACAACUUUAAUUCGUGAUGGAUUUACGGAAAACAAACCACCAAGUUUCAAAUGCUUAGUAUCUCAUGGUGAAAAUCAACAUUUAUCUGGUUUUUUAGUCUAUUUCUACACUUACUCAACAUGGGAAGGUCGGUCUAUUUUCAUGAUGAAUAUCUUUGUGGAUCCACAAUUCAGAAAAAUGGGAAUUGGGAAAAAUCUGCUAGCCAAAUUAGCUCAGAUUGCUUAUGCUGAGAAUAUUGCCCGUGUUGAUUUGUGGAUUCUGGAUUGGAAUCAAUUAUCCAUCGAUUUUCACCAGUCACUUGGAGCUGUUAACUUGACAAAUAAAUUCGCUUGGAAUAAUUUUCGGUUUGAUACAAACAGUAUUCAGCAAUUAGCUAAUAAAACCGAUGAUUCAAAGAAAGAAACUCAUCAGGUCCAAGAAGCUGUUAAAGAUGAUUGUCACCAGAUUAUUAAAUUAAUCAAAAUGCUGGCUCGCUAUGAAAACAUGGAGGAUGCAGUGAAAAUUGAAGCUGAAACUCUGAUUCGUGAUGGUUUUACUGAAAACAAACCUCCAAGUUUCAAAUGCAUAGUAUCACAUGAUGUCAAUAAUCAAUUAUCCGGUUAUUUAAUCUACUAUUACACUUACUCAACAUGGGAAGGUCGAUGUAUUUACAUGGAAGAUAUCUUUGUUGAUCCUCAGUUCAGAAAAAUGGGAAUCGGGAAAAGGCUGCUAACCAAAUUAGCUCAGAUUGCUUAUGCUGAGAAUAUGGCGCGUAUUGAUUUAUCUAUUCUGGAUUGGAAUCAAUUAUCCAUCGAUUUUCACCAGUCACUUGGAGCUGUUAACUUGACAAAUAAAUUCGCUUGGAAUAAUUUUCGGUUUGAUACAAACAGUAUUCAACAAUUAGCAAAGAAUUGAGAAAACACUUUUGAAAAAACAUAGCAUUUGGAAAUACGUUAACCAGUUGAACCAGAAUGAAAUAGAUGUAACCAGAAAGUCCGCAUUGCUUUCGAUUCAAUGGAAACAGUAUACAACAAUUAACCAAGAAAAAAUUUAGCAACCAGAGCAAAUUUUAAACUUGACUGUUUCCAGAAAUGCCCAGCCCUAAAUUUGGCUCGAAAUACAAAGCAGCUGAAUUUUUUAGCUAAUAAUUGGCAAGUGUAAAUUUCAAAUGUUAUCUCAAUAGUAUAUAAUUUAUAUGAUUAAAUUAUAAAAUGCUUCAUCUCACCAAGUUAAAAA